GCCGAGCCGCGUCAAGCCAAAACACAGUGUGCCCGCCGACUGUGUCCGCAAACGCUUAUCUCGCGGCCUCUCUCGAACGCGCAAUAAGCUCUACUGCGGAAAUUCGCCGAGCAAGCACGCGUUUCGACAAAUCAAGCCGAAGAAGCAGCCAGUUUUGCAGCAUGGGGCGCGACGAGUAGGUGCUGACGCACUUUCCCAUGAAAGAAAAGACCAAGGUCACCGAUUAACUCGCCAGACCUCCUCCCACGCUGCACCUGAGCGACCCUGAAAGCGAAUUCCGUCCGAAAAAUGUCUUCGUGUGCUGCGGAGGCCAAGACCAAAGUGGUGCACCAGCCACCCAGUCUGCUCGCCUCUCUCGGCUCCCUUUUGGCCGUCAUCAGCACCGCGCUUAUUUUCUUUGCCGCGUUCCGCAACACCCUCACAUGGCACUUGCAACGCUUUUGGGGCGCCUCGGGCGACUUCUGGCAGUCGCAGUGGGACCGCCUUUUGGACACUUUUGGCGAAGACCCGCUCGCUUUUUGGGUUUUCGGCACCACAAUUCUCACCAUGGCCGUCUACUGGUUGGUCGGCGGAAUUUACAUUUUGCUUGACGUAACCAACCGGCCCAUGUGCCUGCGCAAAUACAAAAUCCAGCCGGGCACCAAUGAGCCGGUGGAUAAGCCCCGGUUGUUCAGGGUUCUGAGCCAAGUUCUGUUCAACCAACUGGCAGUUGGCAUCCCGACUGCCUACUUGAGCUUUUCCCUGAUGGAAUGGAGGGGCUACCCACCGCUCAGGGAGCUUCCCACCUUUCACUGGGUGCUGGCUGAGAUGGCCUUUCUCAUUUUGAUCGAAGAAUUCGGUUUUUACUACUCUCACAGGCUUCUGCACAGCAAAAACUUGUACAAAAUCAUCCACAAGAAGCAUCACGAGUGGACUGCGCCAAUUGCGGUGACUGCCAUUUACUGCCAUCCGAUCGAGCAUAUUUUCUCAAACCUGGUGCCACCGUUUCUCGGCGUGUUCAUUCUCGGCUCGCACCUGGCCACCUCUUGGCUCUGGUUCUGUCUGGCCAUCCUCUCUACCCUGAACGCUCACUCAGGGUACCACUUGCCUUUCUUUCCCUCGCCUGAAGCCCACGAUUUCCACCAUCUGAAAUUCAACCAGUGCUUUGGGGUCCUGGGAAUUUUGGACCGUCUGCACGGCACAGACACAGUCUUUCGCAGUACUCAAGCGUACAACAGGCAUCUGAUGAUGCUCAGCCUGUUGCCAGUCAGGGAGGCCUUCCCUGAAAACACGAAAUGCUCCUCGAAGAAAAAUAACUAGUUGCAAUUUGGACACACAAUAUAUCUCUCAACAGACUCGAUAUUAUAUUAUUAUGUUGAAAUCACUAAAAGUUGUAAUUAAUUCUAACGCUGCUGGCUGGCUGAAUGCAAAACGCGUAAAUGUGCGAAAUAAGAGUAAUUAUUUUGGGAUAAACACAUUGUAAAAUUUUGAUCGUUUUUAAUAAAUUCAUGAAUGUUGAUUGAGAAAAUGCCCUGGUGCAAUGUAAGGCUUGUAAGGUUAGUAAUAGAUUUUUCGUGUAGUCCUAUAUCUCGGUGUAAUAAGAAAAAUAUUAAAUAAAAAUGGGGGACCUUCUUACCAAAAGCCGUAAA